CUAGUGUUCUUCUUCUAAUUUUAUUUUUUCUACCUUUAAUUUUCUGCUUUAAUUCCUUAGACCAUUCUUUGUUCAUUGCUUCUGUAAAUAGGAAUUGCUUUAGGUUGUUUCCUUUCUAGGAUCUUUUUUAAGCUGCCAUUGGGAUUUUUUUUUCCUUUCAUAGUUCCUGUUUUUAUUAUUAGGAUUUGCAUAGGUUUAUAGUUUCUUCUUGUCUUAUCUUCCCUUUUCCUUUUGUUGUUUUCUUUCGUAGAAUUUGGUUUAAGAGUUGUUUUAGGUUCUUUUAUCCAGUCUUAGAUUGUAUACGUUGUAUAUAGUUUAGGAGAUGAUGUUAGGCAUUUCGAGGUUCAUCUUAGGUUCCGAUGCAAAAUUUUCAAUAUCUUCUUAGUAAUUAGGAAAAAAUAUCUUUUGAAUUUUUCUAUUCAUUUUUGUAUAUUUUUAUUUCCUUAUUUUAAAGGUUUUGAUUAUUAUAAAUGGAGAGGAUCAAAAUGUAACUUGUGUGUGAUAGUUAUCGAUAAAGUAAUUCUUUUGUUCUUGUAUAGUUCAAGUCUUUUAUUUGAGAUCUUCUCUGGUGACUUCCUCCAAUGUCUUGUUAGAAUCACUUCUAUUAUUUAAUGUAAAAAAUUAGAAUCACAUUCGAGAGCACAAUGUAAUUGUUUCCUUUUACAUUUUCAAAGGCCAGAGAACCAAUUUCUUCUUCCUUAAUUUUCCAGACAUUUUCAAUAGGAAGAAAAACCUAUUCCAAAUUUGGAGUUUUGGCUACCCUUUCUUGCUCCAAUAACUCAAAAGGAAAAGAUAACACUAGUGGAAAAAAAGCAUACUAUGACAGACCUAUUAUGCCUAAUGAAAAUCAUCCAUCAUAAUAUGUUGCUUGGUGGCAGAAUUGUAAUAAACAUAAAACAUAUUAUGACGGAGUUUUACAAAUCAGUCAUAAGCAACGCGGUGGCAAAUAUGUAAAUAAUUACAAAACAUAUUAUGACGGAGUUAUAGACAUUAGUCAUAAUAUAAAGCAGAGUGACAAAAUUAAAAACAUAUUAUGACAUAGUUUUGGUUAGCUGUUAUAACAUAUGAGAGGGGUGAAAAUUUUUGAUAAUAUAUUAUGAUUGAUUUUGAAAAACCAGUUAUAAUAUCUUUUCUAAGUAUUGUAGUCUUUCUCAUGCGGCCAAACUCUAAUUCUCUCUCAACGUCCAGUCCAGCAUCGCAAAUGGCGAUCCUAUUCCGCACGCAUUCCGUUCCCUUUCCCAAACCCUCUUCCCUCGUAAAAACCAUGUCCACAUUCCCCUUCCUCUUGCAAGAGUCUCAGUUGGCAGAUCUCGCUCCUCUCCCUCCCAACCCCGCCUCCGACAGCCCUCUCUACCACCAAAGCUGGCGCAUCUCUUCCUCUCUUUAUUACUUUCUCCUUUGAAACCCUCUCUUCCUGAGAGAUCAGUUUUUCACAGCGACGAGAUACUUUGAUUUCGUGUUUAUGCUGGUCUGCAUUUUCGUUUCAUGCAAUGCAUUUCGUGUUUAUUUGCUUUUGUUGUGUAUUUUACAAGUGUCUUUGCAUAUUCUAGGGUUUAAGGUUUUCCUUUUAGUUGUGCCAGACACUCGAAUUGAACUGAGUUUGUUUCGUGUAUGAGUUAAGAAGCUGGUUGAAGAAGAAUGACCACGAUUUUGUUUUGUUUAAAUUUGUGCAUUUAUUUUUGUGCUUGUUUGUGUUGUGAUUGUGGUUGGGUUUUAGUUUACAUGCUUUGUUUCUUAUAAGGUCGUCAUUUUCAAGGAGAUUUUUUUGCGCUGUUAGUUCUUCUCUCUUGUGUUUUAUUUAUUUAAUGGUUUUUCUUCUUUUGAAAUUUGAAUCUGUCAUGAACCACUUUUUUUUUGUUAAAUUUUGUAGUCUACCUAACAUGUUGAAAUGGAAGCUAAUUAGACCUUUUUUUGGUGAAAAACAAGUUUUGUAUUAGUGGAUAAGAAUGAAUUGAUGGGCGGUGAGAGCUUUCUUAACCCGUUCAAAGACUUGUGUUAGAUAUUUUAAUAUUUUGAGAUGGAUGAUUUUGAUUUGGUUAGAUGAUUUUGUUGGGAAUUGGUUGAGGAUUGACUUUGACGUAAUUGGUUGUUUUUACAUAGUACUCUUAAGGCCAUAGAAGAAUGGAAACAUCAUAUCUUUGACAUGCCUGAUGGUCUCCACAAACCUGUUUUAUGACUUAGAUUUAGGAGAGCAGUUGUAAAGGGAACACAUGCUAUAGUGUAUUUUGAAACACUGUAAUUGACUACAAAAGUAAUGGAAGAUGAUCCUCCCUCAAGUCUUUUACAUAUGGUGGUUAUUGGAGUCAAAUUUGGUAUGGCUACACGCAAGGAAAUUAGUCAGGCACCAUUUACGGUUGAGAUUUCAGAAGCAGCACAAACAGCAGAUGAAAGAAAUCCUCCCUCAUCCUUACCCAUGCAAGAAGUUCAAGCGGAUGGGAGCAAGACAAUUAAUUCAAGCAGCUCCAACGAUGAUUCAGGCUCUUCAUCAAAUUUGGAUACUGGUAGUUCCUCAGCCUCUGGGUCUAAUGUUGGGUAAUAGAGAACCUAAAUUCAUUUUUGUCAGAUUGGUAGUAUAUUUUUACCCAUGCUCAUUCUUGGUGCUGGACUCUCCCAAUAUGGAGUUUCUAUUUGGACUGGAUAUGCUUCGAAAACACCAAUGUAUAAUUGACUUGAAAGAAAGUGUUUUGCGAGUUGGUGGAGAGAAAGACAUGCCAUCUCGAUUUUUAGAUGAGGAAAAGUAUGCUAAGGAAGCUUCUGGCUCUGGUGGCCAUAUUACAUCAGGGAGCAAUAAUCCAUCAACUCGAGGCCACCCUUCUGGAGGAGCUUCUAGUGACAGGGCUAAGAUAUUCAAGAAUGCCACCAUAUUUGUUGCCUCUUGUUGUUACAUCUAUUAGGACAAGGAUUGAAGAAGGAUUUUGGUUGAAAAGUGAACGAAGUGGUCUGCUGGCUGCUGCUAUUGGUUGCUUGACGUUAGCUUUGUCUACCUCGCCAUCUCCUGCUCAAAUAAGGAAUAUGCUCUGUGACGAGGUUUCUUCAGUGUAAAGGAUGAGCGUGAGCGUGAACCUGUGAUACAAACAACAGCUUUAGCACCUCUUGUGGACGCUCUGAAAUUGCAAGGAGGUUUGAAUUAAUGACAAAUAUCAAGCAUGCGCAGCCAAGAAAAGGGAGUUUAUUUAAUAUCAAAUGCUUCUGAUAUGCUUAAAUUGUGUUGUAUGGCCUGUAAUUGAUAGGAUUAUAAUUGUUUGAUCUGUUGAAUUAGUGGAAUUGUUUGUGCAGUAUCAAUUGAGACAUUAUUUGAGAGCAAUAAGGAUCAAUUAUGUGCAUCAAGUUUACAAGAUCGAGAAAGAGAAGUUCUAAUUGCUUUAUCUUUUUGUGCAAACUGGUUUGGUUUAGGGUUCAAGUGACGACAAUCUUGUUCAUUUGUGUUGCAGGAUUGGAACAUUAAGCUUCAUGAUGAGAUUGAGCUAGUUGAAGGCUACAUUUUGAUCUAAUGAAGCGUUGCAGUAGUGGACCGUACCAAGAAAGUAGCAUAGCUUAUGUUUUUUAUUUUCCUUGUAUUUGAUUUGUAAUGGGCUUGUGUAAGCCCACUGUUACUUUUAGUUUUAGCUUUGGUUUGUAAAAGGCCUUUUAUAAAGUCCAAGUGCUUUGGAGGAGUUUUUAGUGCUCUUU